AUGUCUUUCCAGACCAUCUGCCAAGGCUCCAAGGGGAGCAGAAAGGGCUACAGCUCGUGUUCUGCUCUUGGUGGUGGCACUGGAUGUGGAAUCAGGCGUAGCUAUUCUUCAUGCAGAGGAUAUAGUGGCGGUAUGAGAGGCCAAUAUGGUAGCAGGAGCCUCCAUAACUAUAGUGGAGUUACAAGGAUUUCCUGUGGACCUGUCUAUGGAGGAGGCAUCUGCGGGGGAUAUGGUGGUGGAAUUGGUGGUGGGUAUGGUGGAAUAGGGUGUGGCUAUGGAGGAAUAGGAGGUGGCUAUGGAGGAAUAGGAGGUGGCUAUGGAGGAAUAGGGGGUGGUUUUGGCUACAGAGGACUGGGUAGCAUUGGAUCUGGAGGUAUUGGUAGCGUCCAAGUGGACCCAAGUCUUCUGCGACCGGUCCGGGUGGAAAUUGACCCCCAAAUACAGCAAGUGAAGAAUCAAGAGAAAGAACAGAUCAAAGUCCUCAACAACCAGUUUGCUUCCUUCAUUGACAAGGUCCGAUUUCUGGAGCAGCAAAACAAGGUGCUACAAACCAAAUGGCAGAUCCUCCAACAGCAGACACCAGGCGUUGGCCCGACUUUGAAUCUGGAUGGUCAGUUCCAGCAAUUUCUGAGUGCCCUGAGGAGUCAAAUUGAAAGUAUCCGCACCCAGAAGGUGCAGUUGGCAACAGAGCUUCAGAGUAUGCAGCAUUACGUGGAAGACUUCAAGAACAAGUAUGAAGAGGAGAUCAACAGGCGUACAACUGCUGAGAAUGAUUUUGUUGUGCUGAAAAAGGAUGUGGAUUCUGCCUAUCUGACUAAGGCUAACUUGGAAGCAAAAGUUGGUUCUUUGGCUGAGCAGAUUAACUUCCUGAGAAGAAUCUUCGAACUGGAAAUAUCUCAGUACCAGAUUGGAGGCCAAGACACCUCAGUAGUAGUCAGCAUGGAUAACAAUACCUACUUGAAUUUGGAAGGUAUUAUUGAUGAAGUAAGAAGCCAAUAUGAAGAGAUUGCUCGUUCUAGCAGAGCUGAGGCUGAGGCUUGGUAUCACUCCCAAUAUGAAGCGCUGCAGAACACUGUAGGACGACACAGUGACAGUCUGCGCAACACCAGACAGGAGAUUCAAGAGCUGACUAGGAACAUCCAGAGACUGCGUUCAGAAAUUGAGCAUGUCAAGAAGCAGUGUGCUAAGUUGCAGUCUGACAUUGCUGAAGCUGAGGAACGUGGUGAAUUGGCUCUCCGAGAUGCUAAACAAAAACUGCAAGAACUGGAAUGCGCCUUGGCAAAAGACAAAGAAGAACUGGCUCGCCUCCUGAAAGAGUACCAAGAACUGCUGAACAUCAAGCUUGCUCUGGACAUUGAAAUUGCCAUGUACAGGAAACUCCUGGAAGGAGAAGAGAACAGGCUUUGUGGCCCAGGAUCUCAAGUCCAUGUCUCUGUGCGGAGUACCAGUUAUGGCGGUGGCGUUGGAGGUGGUGUUGGUGGCGGCGUUGGUGGCGGCGUUGGUGGCGGCGUUGGCGGCGGCAUUUGUGGCGGCAUUUGUGGCGGCAGUGUUGGAGGUGGCAUCAGUGGAGGAACCUGCGUCUACGGAGGGGGGAGCGGAGGCUAUGGUGGUGCUAUCUGUGGAGGAGGAGGUGGGUUCUCACAUGGCUCAGGAAGUGGCUGCAGCACCGUCAUCCGGAGAACCACCACAUCCAGUUCAUGCACCAAGUCAGGCGGAAGAUAUUAG